AAUUCUAUUAUAUUUUGUGAAGCUGAAGACAGAAGACGAUUUUAUUUGUUAAAGAAAAGCUUCCCUUUUCCUUGUUUCUUGUUUGCUUGUCCAAAAUAAUAUUUUAUGAAAAGAAAAUUUAUUAAAAUUUAAAUUCUUUCAAUAUGUCCCAUCAAGGCUAUGGAAAUUUAAAUAUGUUUGAGUUAAACGAUGAUGAUCGCGUCGACUUCAAUGAUGAUUCCAGAAACACCAAUUUUGACCAAAAUAUGUACGAUAGCGAAGAAGAUACCGAAGAAGCUAGUGAAACAGAAUUCAGAAACCAUCAUCGCGGCAAUGAUGAACCGAUGGAAAUAAAAGAACAAAUGUAUCUAGACAAGUUAGCAAGUCUGCAUAAGCUAUUGGGAGAGCUCAAAGCCCUGUGCCAUCCUGAAUACCUUAAGAAAGUGAAGAAGCUCGAGAGUAUGUACAAAGAACGCUUGCGAUUAAACGAAACCUACCGUGACUACCUUAGAGACUGCGUUGAGAGGGAUUAUAUACUGGAGAAGAAAGCAGCUCUUAAAGAAUACGAAGAGAAAAAGGCCGACCUCAAGGACAAUAUCCUCACCGAUUUUGAAGACAAAAAGAAACUAAUUGAAAAUGAAAGACACAGCCUUGAACUAACAAGUGAUUCCAUGGAGAUUAAACCAACAGUAACGAGAAAACUUAGGCGAAGACCUAAUGAACCAAUGCCAGUUGUUGAAAAGAGACGCAAGCCUGCAACUGGACAGCUUCUUGUUUAUCUUCUAGAAGAUAAAGACAUUGAUAAUGAUCUCAAGACCAUUAGUAGAGGAAAACCAAUGACGCCAAGUAAUAAAUUAAUUUUAUUCAAUUUUAUUUUUAUUGUAACUGUUUUCUUGUUUUUAGCACUUUCCCAAAAUGGAGUGGGAAGUCUUAUGAACAACUCGUCCGGACUUUUGAUGCCCGAGACAAAUAAUUCCUUUGUUGAGACGAGAAUAGAGGAUGGUAAAUUGUUGUACGAACGUAGAUGGUUCCAUCGCGGGCAGCCAGUUUAUGUCGAGGGCAAGGAACUGCCUAAAUUCGCAGCUACAAUAUCUGCUAUUGGCAAUGAAAUUGUUUGGGUUAAAAAAGUUACCGACAACACCCGCUCGAAGAUUAGUAUGUCGCAUUUGGCGAAGGGCAAAGUUUCAAUUAAGCGUAGAGCUAAUUAAGUUUUAUGUUGUUUGUAUUUUUCAUGUAGAAUUUAAAUUUAUAAGUUUUUAGUAUUAAAUAGCUGAUAACUUUACAAGUUUUAUUUUUGUAUGUUUAAAGUUCAAUAUUAAAAUCUAAGAUGGCAA